UUUUAAAAGCAUCGAGUCAUUUUGAAGUCAACUCAGUGCCCAAAACGAAUUUUGCAAAAUUUUGUGCCGCAUUUUUCAUUCUUUGUUAAAUUGAAAUAAAUAAAAAAAUAAAUAAAAUGGUUUUCGGCAACGAUUGGAUGGAUGCUCCUCACAGCACAGGAACCACAAUCAUGGCUGUGGAAUUCGAUGGUGGAGUUGUAAUUGGUGCAGACUCACGGACAAGUACCGGUGUUUAUGUGGCCAACAGAGUCACAGACAAACUGACCAAAAUUUCAGACAAAAUUUACUGCUGUCGCAGUGGAUCAGCUGCCGAUACUCAAGCUAUUGCUGAUAUUGUGGCAUAUUCCUUGAACUACCAUGAAAAUCAAACUGGCGAAGAACCAUUGGUGUCUGAAGCAGCUUCAGAAUUCCGUAACUAUUGCUACAACUAUCGGGAUUCUCUUAUGGCAGGAAUUAUUGUCGCCGGUUGGGACAAGAAGAACGGCGGACAAGUCUAUUCGAUUCCAUUGGGUGGCAUGUUGGUGCGACAGGGCGUUACUAUUGGUGGAUCUGGUAGUAGUUAUAUUUAUGGUUUUGUAAGGGAAUUCUACAAACCCAACAUGAACAAAGCCGAUUGUAUAGAAUUCGUUAAGAAAGCUGUGAAACAUGCAAUCUAUCACGAUGGAAGCUCAGGUGGUGUUUGUAGAAUUGGUGUCAUCACCGAAUCAGGAAUCGAAAGAAGUGUUUUCUUCAACACUGAAGAUGGAUCCCCUGUCAUUACUGGAAACUAAGUUUUUGUGUUUUGAGUUGUUUGCUCUUUUUUUGUAUUGUACUUUGAAAUUUGAAUAAUCUUUUGGAAUAAAUGAUUUAGUGGGAGAACAUU